CUGGAACACCUUUGGCCUCCAUGAGUGCGUCUGAGGAAGUCCAGCCUCUCCCUGGAAGAUGGGAAAUACCACGGAAACUUCCCAUUUUGUUUCCAAAAUCCCAAAGGAACACGAUGUCUUCAUGGGUUCUAUAUACACAACCUUCUGUAUUCUGUCACUCUUGGGAAAUGGCAUCCUGCUCCUUGUUGCGUAUCGUAAGAGAUCAUCUCUCAAGCCGGCAGAAUUCUUCAUCAUAAAUUUAUCUAUUAGUGACCUUGGGAUGACAGUUACUCUCUUUCCCUUGGCGAUUCCAUCAUCCUUUGCUCACAAGUGGUUGUUUGGAGAGCUGACAUGUUUAUGUUAUGCAGUGUGUGGCGUCCUCUUCGGCUUAUCCAGCUUGACAAAUCUCACCGCUCUGUCGUCUGUCUGCUGCCUCAAAGUCUGCUUCCCAAGCUAUGGGAACAAAUUCUCCUACUCUCAUGCCUUUCUGAUGAUAGUGGGGGUGUGGUGCUAUGCCAUGGUGUUUGCUGUGGGUCCCUUAGCAAAUUGGGGUCACUAUGGCCCUGAACCCUAUGGGACAGCAUGCUGCAUAGACUGGUAUGCACCAGGCCAGGAUGCUCUGUCCAUGUCCUAUAUUAUCUGUCUCUUUGUCUUCUGCUAUGCCCUGCCUCUCGCAAUCAUCCUCCUCUCCUACAUUCUGAUUCUCAUCACUGUAAGAGGGUCACGACAGGCAGUACAGCAACAUGUGUCACCACAGACCAAGACAACAAAUGCACAUAUCCUCAUUGUAAAGCUCUCAGUGGCGGUGUGCAUUGGUUUUCUGACGGCCUGGAGUCCUUAUGCUGUUGUGGCAAUGUGGGCUGCAUUCGUGGAACACAGUAAAGUCCCGCCUAUAGCCUUUGCUUUAGCAGCUAUCUUUGCCAAAUCCUCCACCACCUACAACCCUGUGGUGUACCUUGUAUUCAAGCCUAACUUUCGUAAAUCUCUGAGCAAGGACACUGCUCAUAUUCGCAAACGAAUAUGUUCCAGCCCGUGUAAAGGAAGCCCUGUGCCUGGUGAGAAGGAUCUUCAACGGCAAACAUCUCUACACUGCAACAAGGAUGCUAGCAACUCUACUCGACUCUCCAAUGGCCUGGUGGACGGCCAUGGGGCUUGUCUUCAUUGCACAGAGUCGGACCCUCAUUGUCAACAGACCCCACCUCAAAGGACUGCCCGUGUGCUGAUUGGUAAAUCCUGCAGUGAGGUUACUGUGAGUCAGCUACCGGAGAACAUGCGGGCUGACCUUCUGUGAAGGCUCUGUAGGCUCUCCUCAUGCCAGGACAAGUGUGAGGAAUAGAUGAAUAGGCAGCCUCAAAAUUAAACUUCUGGCCAGAAGUUUGAUGUGUCAGAGACAAACUGUGGUCACUUCUGAUACUGAUGUCAUGUAUAAGGAGCUGCAAAACAAUUGACCCUGCACCUUAAAAAGGUUACUGACCAAUCCUACCUUAGUGUUACGACUGUUGCUGUUCGUAAUUUUUAUCAGACUAGCUUUCGCGGUUUUACUGAAGGCACGUUCACAGAACUUUGGUUCAUUCACUGUGUAAAAUAACAAACAGAUCAGUUAAAUAAGGU